UAGUUGUACAUUUACUAUAGAGAGUGUACCACACUCUAAGUCGAUUUCACCAUUUUUACUGUCCACAGCAACACACGACCGUACACUUUCACGGUUUGUCAAAAAAGGUGAAGCAAACUUUAUACGGAUGUCGGAACUCAUUAUUGAUGUGUUGUUUUAUCAUAUAAGCACUGUUGAAUCAACAGGGAUUGUUUAGCUGCAUUCAUAGAAAAAGUUGUUUUUUUUCUAAAAAAGAGGAAAUAGAAAGUACGCGUCAUUCAUGCGUGUUUAAUGAAUUUAAUAGCUACGCAUUUGUUUCCAGAUUAAUCAAUUAAUUAUAGAAGGUUGAUGACGUCAUUGUGUGUGAUCGGAUAACAACUAUAUUAAAUAAUUCAGCGUAGUGAAUUCUAUUGACAAUCUUUCUCAAUUUUUUUUGCGAUUUAACACUGGAUAUUUUGUGUGGGAGUUUUUGUACCGAUAAAAAAAAAGUUAUGAAAGACGGAGUUAGUGCACUUGUUUGCAUAAUUUUGCAGACUAAACCAUUUUUUGUUUAAUAUCGUGACCACGCUAUACAGCCGAAAAGUUUAUAUAUGUUUUAUAAUUGGUUUUGAAUUUUAUUUAGAAAAGAAAACCCACGAAGACCCACGUUUGUUGGAUGGUGCAUGGAUAUGUUUAAACGGGGUCGUCCUAUUGUCUAAGAUUUAUACAUGUAAACUGGUAUGUAAGGAGUGAUUUUAGUGUUCUUUCGUUAUGGAUACUUAAUUGUUUAGGAAUUCAAAUUGUUUUUUGCAACUUAACUGUAUCCCCAGUGCGAGUACGGAAAGGCAACAACCGACAAGUCAAUGACAAUAUUCACCUUUUUAUGUCAAUGAUGUGAAAUCACGUGAAUGAAGGAGUGGUCAUAACAAUAAUGUCAACAAAACAAUAUUUGAUAUAAUUUCAUGGAAUUCAUACAGACAAUAAUUGCAUCAUAGAUAUAUCUAUUCCAGAACUGCUAGUUAAUCUCGAUCUUUUUAUAAACGAAUUUCAGUCGCACAAACAUCGACUUUAAAGUGAUAGCGGAUUUUCGGAAAUUUGAAAAAAUGGCGACUGUUAACAGAUUCGGUUGGCCGGAUUAUGUAGUGUUGGCAUCAGUGCCUGUAAUCUCUCUAAUGAUUGGCUUAUACCAGGGACUUCGCCGAAGAAAGCAGACGACAGAAGACUAUUUGAUGGGAGGAAGGGACAUGUCGUUUUUACCGGUGGCCUUUUCAGUUCUGGCAAGCUUCCUCUCCGCCAUUUCUGUUCUUGGAGCACCUGUUGAGAUUUAUGUUUUUGGUGCCUCGUUUUGGGUGAAUGCUCUAUCAUAUUUUAUAUCGGUACCUAUUACAGCUCACGUCUUUAUUCCUUUGUUUUUUAAAUUAAAAAUUACCAGUGCUUAUGAGUAUUUAGAACUAAGAUUUAAUAGAGUUAUACGACUUUUGGGUUGUUUUGUCUUCACCAUUCAGAUGGUGUUUUAUAUGGCUGUAGUGUUUUAUGCCCCAGCCCUCGCUUUUAGUCAUGUAAGUGGUCUAUCUUUAUGGGUAUCUGUAUUAGCAGUUGGCGCUGCCUGUACCAUAUAUACCUCUAUUGGUGGAUUACGGGCCGUUAUAUGGACAGAUUUCUUCCAAGUAUUGGUUGUUAUAUCAGGUUUAUUAGCCUUGGUUAUCAAGGGUACCAUGGAUGUAGGAGGACUUGGAACAGUGUGGGAAAAGGCGCGGGAAGGUGGGCGCCUCAAUAUGUUCAGUUUUGAUCCGGAUCCAAGACAUCGUCAUACUGUAUGGAGUUUAAUCAUUGGUGGAGCAGUUACAACACUCAGUGUUUAUGCUGUCAAUCAAGCCAUGGUACAAAGAUAUUUAUGCGUGAAAAAUCAGAGAACUGCACAAGCGACAAUUUAUUUUAAUCUACCAGGGAAUAUCAUCACCACUACCAUACUAACAUUAUUAGGUUUGGUGGCCUAUGCUAAAUAUAAAGAUUGUGAUCCAUUAUAUAGUGGUAAAAUUACACAGUUAGAUCAGCUAGUACCAUUCAUGGUUUUAGAAACCUUAGGUGUUCUACCAGGUCUAGCUGGACUGUUUGUGGCUUGUGUUUUUAGUGCUGCUCUAAGUACUGUAUCGUCAGGCGUGAAUGCCCUAGCUCUAGUAUAUCUAGAGGAUGUAGUAAAACCAAUAUAUAAGAUGAAGAAAGGAAACCAGAUGGCAGAUGGCUUAGCUAGUUUUGUAUCUAAAGGUUUGGCUUUGUUCUUUGGUGCUUUGACCAUAGGUCUAGCGUUUUUAUCCAGUCUUAUGGGAAGAACUAUUUUACAUAUAACACUUAGCUCCUUCGGAAUGACUGGAGGACCUUUAUUAGCAUUGUUUAUAUUAGCAAUGUUCUUUCCUACAGUUAAUUCAUGGGGAGUAGGCGUUGGCUUAAUCUCAAGUUUAGUAUUUAGUUUUUGGUUAGGAAUUGGAACCAUUAUCAGCCGUCCGCCAUUACCCAUUCUUUCUCUUAAAACUAGUGAAUGCCCUAUAACACAAACUGUAAUUAAUAACAUCACACAAUCUGUAGAACCAUUUGUGACGUCAACUAUUAUGUAUGACGUAGACAAUAAUAUGACGUCAUAUUCAACAGGUGCGCUGGAGGCGUCGACGGCAGCUUAUGUUUCUAGAUACAGAUAUACUGGUUUAGAGAUAUAUCGUGUAUCAUAUAUGUGGUAUAGUAGUAUAGCAGUUAUAGUUGGUAUUUCUGUAGCUUUGAUGGUUAGUUGUGUAUCAGGAGGUCAGAAAAAUCCCAUUAAUCCAGCGUUAAUUAUACCGGUAUGGCGGAAUAUCCAGUCUUUAUUUGGAAAGAAGUCAAAAUCAUUGGAAAUCACUAAACACGAGCGGUUACAAUUAAAAGAGUCUACAUAACAAUACAAGUCUUAUGUUGGUUUGCGGAAAAGUAAUUUGUGUUUUGGCAUCGUUUGUAAUUAAUUCAAUGGUGUAUUGUGGACGAAGAUAUUGCGAUCCGGACCACGUAGCUAAAUGGACAUAUUGAAAGUGUUAUACGAUGAUCAUUCAUUGCCCGGAUAUAAAGAUACACCAUUCUGCGCACAGAGAACAAUCUAAUUUGAAUGGCCGCCAUAUUUAAAAAUUAGUAUUCACUAUUGUGAAAUGCGGUUCUAAUCCGUUCUACAUCUGUCAUACAAACAAAGACUAAAUAAACAUUCUCAAUAUUCUCGCAGCAUAGUUAGUGUUUUCGACUAAAAUCGCUGAUUUAGGAAUUAAAAUGUCGGCCAACCAGUUACGUGUCUGUCAUCAAGCUGCACUAAUUGUAGACAAGCAGCGUAACCUUCGUAUGAUCAUUGAAAUGUGAUUUUUAUUAUUAAAAAAGACAAUGUAUUUAAAUAAUCGAUCAAAUUUGUAUGUAAUCAAUGAUAAUCAAUGCCUGUAAAUGA